AUGGAGGGAGCUCCCGUGACAGCAGCCACGGGGGUCUUAGGGCUCGUCGUCGCGAAGCUGGGUUCUUUGCUGGGCAGCGAGUACAAGCUUCGAUGCCAGACUCGGAAGGACAUAAAGUUCAUCAAAUCCAAGCUCAAGUCUGUGCACUCUAUCCUUUGGGCGACAUGGGAGAGGGAGAUUCUCGAUGCGGAAUCCAAGGACCUGAAGAAGGAAGCGCUGGAUCUCGCCGAUGAUAUGCGCCACGUUGUCGACGACUUCAUCCUAUCUUUGGAGCCCAGCCGCAGAAGCAAGCACCUGAUGAUACAGAGCAAGAUCAAAGCAAGCCCUUUCCAAGAUUUCAGGACAAGAGUAGAUGACGUGUCGGGCCGGUGCCGCAGAAAUUGGAAGUGGAAGGAGGACAGGUCUGCUCAACCCUUCUCCGGCUUAUUUGCAAGGAAGAAUACCCAAUCCAGCCCCCCAAGCAAUCCGUCUCCUCCUCGAGCUCCAUUUGUCAGCAAGGAUGCGUCAGAGAUCAUUGGUAUGGACGGAUGGAGGGAUGACCUCAUCAAAUACCUGGUAGGAGAAGGAGAAGAGAGCACAAUGGUGCAGCCUCAUCUCAAAAUGGCAUCCAUUGUUGGGAUGGCCGGCAUGGGGAAAACAACCCUUGCCAACCAUGUGUAUGAGGAGAUUGAAAAGAAGUUCCAGUCCCGAGCUUUUGUGUCCGUCACUCCAACUCCCAACAUGAAGGAGGUUCUCACAAGUAUUCUCCGGCAAGUAGGAGCUGAACCACCUGCUGGCACCGAAGCAAGAACAGAGGAACAUAUCAUCCACACCAUAUCCACUUUCCUAGAGAAAAAAAGUACCUAG